AUGGAUGUCAUUUCAAACUGGUUGACAAUUCAAGCGACUUGCCUUAUGACUACUGCAAUUUCGCAGAUAAAUGACUGCUGUAUUGUAUAUUAUUUGAUUGAGGCUGGUUUUAUUGAUUAUAGAAAGGUCUAUCCUUCUAUGUUGAAGAAAUUGAAAAUCCUAAAGAUAGGAUUGGGUGAAAGGCAUACUGAGUUGAAGUUGAGAGAUGUCCAAUUGUGGAUAGAAGAUAAUGAGUUUCAUGAUAACAGAAGUGCGCUUCCUCAAAAAAAUAAAGUACUUGAACUGAAUGGAAAUUUCAUUCAAUACGUUGAUCUUUCUAAAUUGCCAUUCUGGAUCCGCGAUGAUGCUCAGGAGAAUGUUUGCUUUACUAGAAGUGCUACUACAUUGUCGUAUUUUAGUUCUAAAUUGAAAUAUAAACAUAGAGGUAUAGUCAUUGAAAUUAUUAGUGACGUACCGUCUCAGGAAUUCAUUGUGUUUUAUAGAAAUGCCAAUACAAUUUGUUGGUUUUCUAUCGAUUAUACAUUAAAGAACAAAUUUGAUGUUCAAAUUAAGCAAGAUCUUUCUAAUAAUACCGACACAUGCAACAGAGGAGGCAACAGCAAAAAUCAUUCAAGAAUUUUAAAAUCACAAGAGAACCGUAAUCGAUUGCAAAGAAACACUGAAUCAAUUAAACGUAAAGUUCAAUUCAAUGAAAUUUUGACUAAAUUGAUUCUUAGUGGGCUAAGAUUACGAGGAAUACCUAAUACUAAUUCUGGAUUCCACAGAUUAUAUAAGAUGACUUUUGAUGCUGCAGAGUUUGCUCAUAGAGAUCAAAUACGGCGCAAUAUAUUGAAUGAUAUUUCAUCUGAUUCUCCAAUAAAAAACAAUUGGUCCCAUUCGAAGAAUUGCAAGAAACUGUAG